AUAUACCCACCUUCACUUGGUUUGUAAACCAAGGUUGUGAGCUUUGAAGUGCUCAAAUGGCUAUGCAUAAGGUGUUUGGUGCGGUUUUAUUUGUGUUAUUAGGUGUAGGCAUCUGUUCUGCAACUAGAGCUCUACUCACUCUAAAUGAGGUAGGUUCUCACCUACCAGGUAUUGGUCAUGGUGGUGCCACCAUUGGUGUAUAUGGUGGUGUUGGGCUCGGUGGAGGAGGUGGAGGCGGUUCAGGAGGUGGUGGUGGUUCUGCGGUUGUAGGAGGAGGUGCUAGUGCUGGAUAUGGAGGUGGUGGUGGUAGUGGAGAAGGUGGUGGUGUUGGAAAUGGAGGUGCUGGUGGACAUGGAGGUGGUAGUGGUAGUGGUGGAGGCGGAGGUAGUGCAGGUGGAUAUGGAAGUGGAGUUGGUGAAGGAGGUGGAGCUGGUAGUGGUGCCGGAUAUGGAGGAGCAGGUGGACAUGGAGGAGGAGGAGGUGGUGGUAAUGGUGGUGGCGGAGGUAGUGCAGGUGGAGCUUCUGGGUAUGGAAGUGGAGGUGGUGAAGGAGGUGGAGCUGGUAGUGGAGCUGGAAAUGGAGGAGGUGGUGGAGGUGGAGGUAAGGGUGGUGGCGGAGGUGGCGGUAGUGCCGGUGGAGCUGGAGGAUAUGGAAGUGGAAGCGGAAGUGGAAGUGGAGAAGGUGGUGGAGCUGGUAAUGGUGGUGGUGGACAUGGAGGUGGUGGAGGUGGUGGUAGCGGUGGUGGUGGUGGAGGCGGAGCUGGAGGAUAUGGAAGUGGUGGUAAUGGUGGUGGCGGAGGUAGUGCAGGUGGAGCUUCUGGGUAUGGAAGUGGAGGUGGUGAAGGAGGUGGAGCUGGUAGUGGAGCUGGAAAUGGAGGAGGUGGUGGAGGUGGAGGUAAGGGUGGUGGCGGAGGUGGCGGUAGUGCCGGUGGAGCUGGAGGAUAUGGAAGUGGAAGCGGAAGUGGAAGUGGAGAAGGUGGUGGAGCUGGUAAUGGUGGUGGUGGACAUGGAGGUGGUGGAGGUGGUGGUAGCGGUGGUGGUGGUGGAGGCGGAGCUGGAGGAUAUGGAAGUGGAAGUGGAAGUGGAAGUGGUGAAGGUGGUGGAGCUGGUAAGGGUGGUGGACAUGGAGGUGGUGGAGGUGGUGGUAGUGGUGGUGGUGGUGGAGGUGGAGCUGGAGGAUAUGGAGGUGGAAGUGGAGGAGGAAGUGGCUCUGGGUAUGGUUCUGGCAAUGGUGGUUCUGGAGGUGGUGGUGGUAGUGGUGGCGGUGGUGGUGGUGGAGGGGCACAUGGAGGUGGAUAUGGUAGUGGGGAAGGAGUCGGGGAAGGUUCUGGUGGUGGCGGCUCCAGUGCAAGAGGUGCACAUGAAUGAAGAUAUAAAAGUGGUGGUGGAAGUAGCAAAGAUGAUGGCCAUACUAGCUAUGCCCCUUGAAAGCACCUUACUAUCACUAGUACUCUACACUAAGAUUAUGAAUUUUCUUAUCGCAAGUAAUAACAAAAAUAAGGUUAAUUUAGGUAAGAAAAUCAAAAUGCUCAAAAGCAUUGCUAGAGAUUAUGGAAGUCAAAUGAAUGGCUUUAGGAAUUGUAUGAAAUGAAAUUCAUAUUCUAUACCAUAUAAAUAUAUAUAUAUAUAAA